UGACAGACCCCCUCCCUUUCUCCACUCCUUAGGCUACCAGCACAAACAGCAGUCUGAUAUUUACAUUAAAAACGACAUUUACUUCAUCUUCAUCCUGCUAAGUCACAAUAGCCUUCUGUUUUUUGAGAAGCAUCUGAGAAAUAAGACUGUUUGUUUUUCAUUCUGUCGAGGACCAAAGCAAGGAAUCGUUCAUCAUCCUGUCGCUUGUGACAUCGUGAAUCGCAGGAUUAUGAUGUUUUCUUGAAUGUUGUGUGUCAUGAGAGAUUUGGGGAUGGGAUCUAUUCGCCCUUUGGAAGCCGAAGAACCACUUUGAAAACAGCCUUUGUAUUGUUUUGAUCAAUAUUUUAGAAAACCGCGUAAAAAAAAUCAUAUCUUCUUGUAGGAUACAGAUAUAGAUCAAUUUAAAUAGACCUGAUUUGGAGAUCAACUCCAGCCCGCAGUGAUGCUUCAGUGUCUGGGCUGACUUUUAAUACGCGCACUCAGACGGAAAUGGAAACCUGGACAUUGUAAAUCAUUGAUCACUUGAAACAGCAGAUUUAUAGGCUACACAUAGACUAACAAACAUACAGCUUAAGCUGACUCCCAGAUGUGAAAGUGUUCGAGGUUCCCUGGGCUUCCCUAAUCAAAGGGAUUAGUUGCAUUCAUUAUAACAGAAGAACAGUCUUCGGAGAGUCCAUCAUGCCCACCUCUCGGUCUGGCGCGUGCACGGUGGAAUAUUGGGUCGAUGGAUCGCGCCGAGAUGCGACAGUUGAGGAUUUCUAUAACAUGGGCCCAGAAUUAGGCAGGGGUGCCACAUCUGUUGUGUUUCGCUGUGAAGAGAAGCAGACUGAGAAACCUUAUGCUGUGAAGGUCUUGAAGAAAACUAUUGACAAGAAAAUCGUGAGGACAGAGAUUGGAGUCCUGCUGCGUCUGUCUCAUCCAAAUAUUAUUCGUUUGAAGGAAAUUUUUGAGACAGAGACCGAGAUCUUUCUCAUCCUUGAGUUGGUCACAGGUGGAGAGCUCUUUGACAGGAUUGUGGAGAGGGGCUACUACAGCGAGCGAGAUGCAGCUCAUGUUAUCAAACAGAUUCUGGAGGCUGUGGCGUACUUACACGAGAAUGGAGUUGUUCACAGAGACCUCAAACCAGAAAAUCUCCUCUAUGCUGACUUGUCAAUAGACGCACCUCUUAAGAUAGCGGACUUUGGCCUUUCUAAAAUAAUUGAUGAGCAAGUGACAAUGAAGACAGUAUGUGGUACCCCUGGCUACUGCGCUCCUGAGAUCCUCAGAGGAAACGCUUAUGGCCCUGAGGUCGACAUGUGGUCAGUGGGAGUCAUCCUUUAUAUUUUGCUGUGUGGGUUUGAACCAUUUUUCGAUCCAAGGGGGGACCAGUACAUGUACAGUCGCAUUCUGAAUUGUGAUUAUGAGUUUGUCUCCCCCUGGUGGGAUGAAGUCUCUCUCAAUGCAAAGGAUCUGGUAAGUAAGCUCAUUGUGCUGGACCCUCAUAAACGUCUCACAGUGAAACAGGCUCUGGAACACCCAUGGGUGCUUGGAAAAGCAGCACGAUUCUCCCACAUGGACACAACACAAAGAAAACUACAGGAAUUUAAUGCUCGGCGAAAAUUAAAGGCUGCUAUGAAAGCGGUGGUUGCCACAAGCCGCAUGCAUGAGGGCUCACGGCGGCGGACGGACAGCUGCGAGAUGCCCAACACAGAAAAUACCUCGUGCCAGAACAGCAUACAGAAGGAAAACACUUUGGAUUCUCAAAGGGAGCCCAUUCCCAUUAAAGAGGGAUUUAAGCAGGUUGAGGAUGGAGCUCAGAGUCCCUCAAGUACCCCACUCCACCCUAUCCAUAAAUCUAAAUCUUCUGACCUAUCUGGGCCCUUGCCCACUCGCCCACCCCUGAUAGCAGACGAACACAGGCAGACCUCUGUUAUACCGAAGGCUCCGGUGGUGCGGCCCAGGAUGCCCAAGAAGAGCUGCUCAGUGGAUCCUGGAGGCAAAUAUGAGCCUUUGCCAGUAAGCACCACCCCACCCAGUCCCAAGAACCUCAGUAAUGGUUUCUCCAUGGGUGUUGAGACAGGUGGCAAUACGGCAGAAUGUCCGUAGACUGGAUGAUCUAAAUAUUAGGAUUCUUACAGAAGAUGGAGGGCCUCGUGCGAGGAAGAGAGCAGGAGAGAUGAUGCUUUAAAAAUACACUGAGAAUUCCUUCUUCCCCUCUUCCAUUUUUUUGCCAUGAUAUAUUUUGAUACAGGACUGACACUUGAUGAGCUAUCUGUUUCUUAAAGCUCUUUAUAUUGAGGCAUGUGGCUUUCAUGACAACUUUAGGUUAGCGGCACAGCGUACAUUGUUUUUUUUUUUCCUCUUUGCACAAGCAUUGUAAAUAAGAUUGUCUCUCAUCUGAGCUGAAAUUCAU